AAUGUCCAUUUAUUCAAUUUGGUUCCUUUAGGGUGGCUUAGUAAACCAUGGAGGGAUGUACCAAAGAACUCUCAGGAAAAUCUUGAAUUUUUGAAAUCCUACCAGCCUGGAAAUGUCAAAAAUCUCAGAAUUCUGCUUCAUGGACCAGUUGGUGCUGGAAAAUCCAGUUUCAUCAACUCUGUCGACAGUGUUUUACAAAACAGAAUCACUGCUGGACGUGCGGUAGAUGCAAUCACUGGAGGGAGCAGCUUCACCCAAACAUACACACCGUACAAAAUCAGCAAAGACUCAGGGGGAUCUUAUUCUUUCAUGUUCAGUGACACCAUGGGCUUUCAGCAAUCAGCUAGACGGGGAGUUCAUGUGGAAGACAUCAAACUGGCCCUGAAGGGACAUGUGAAGGACGGUUACAAGUUCAACCCCAAAGAACCGCUAACAGGAGGUGAUUUCUACAACCCAUCUCCCACUCUGGAUGAUAGAGUUCAUGUUCUGGUUUCUGUUGUUCCUGCUGACAAGAUCUCUGAAAUGACGGGAGAAGAUGUGAAGAAGAUGAGAGAGGUCAGACAGACAGCCAGUGAAAUGGGCAUUCCUCAACUGGUUCUUAUAACCAAAAUUGAUGACGCCUGUCCAAAAGUCAGGGGAUAUAUCAAAGAUGCCUAUUUGAGCUGCUUUCUGAAGGAACAGGCCGAAAAAUGCAGCUCCCUGCUGGGCAUUCCACUGAACUGCAUCUUUCUUGUGAAGAACUACAGUUCAGAGACCAAAACAAGUGAUGACAUUAAUGCUCUGAUAUUGGUCGCACUGAGAGAGAUGGUCUACUUUGGUGAAGACUUCCUCAACAAACUGCAGGACUGAUGUACAACUGCUGAGGGACACUUUGCAUGUUUGAAACAUGAAAGAAAUCUAACUCUGAUGUGCAUUAAUACUUGCUGCUUUUUUUCAAUGUCAAGCUUUUCAUGUACAGUGAACCCUCGCUAUAACGCGGUUCACCUUUCACGGCUUCGCUGUUUCACGGAUUUUUUUAGAGCAUUUUUUUAUGCGUUUUUGUGUUCUGCAUCCUGAUUGGCUAAGGGACUGACCAACGUGAACAGUCUCCACGCCUCAUCUCUGCCAUACAGGCCAGCGCUGCCUGCUGUGGAGCGCUGGAUCAUUUCUCUCCUUGGUCUCCAUGAAGUGAGACACCCUGAAAGAAGGAGCUGACGGAGCAGCCUUAUUCUUUUCCCCCGCUGUCAACCGGACAGUGGACGUGGUCCCCAGUCGUCUCAGGCCACCGCAGCCGCGCUCCCCAGGAGAAGAGCGCCGGCGCGAGGCUUCCCCACCCUGGACUGCUCCAGUUGAUUCAGCCGGUCCACUCUCUGAGGCAAGAGUACCGCCGCGGCGUCCACCUGGCUGCAGCUGCAGCGCUCCCCCAAGUGCAGUAUUGUAUAAUAACUGUAAAAAAUAAAUCUGACUACUUCACGGAUUUCGCCUAUCGCGGGUUCUUUUUGAAACGUAACCCCCGCGAUAAACGAGGUUUCACUGUAUCUAGUACUCAUUAAAUUGUAGAAAAAAAUCAUGACACGCUUUCAAUUUGAGCUUAUAACUUGUUCAUACAUUUUUUUAUUGCCUGUUAUUUUACUUAGUUGAAUACAAAAUGGUGACAUGAAACAACCUACUGCUCAAAGACUGCGCUUUUUGUGUGUGGAAACAUGAAAAAAUAAUCACACGAAUAAACUAAAAACCCAUUAAAAUGUA